GUCCUUCUGGUGAGCUUGGUCCAAUGGGCCCUCCUGGUGAAAUGGGGACUCCUGGUCUACCUGGUGCAAAGGGUGAAAGAGGAGAUGUUGGACCAAAUGGAGAAAUGGGUAUUGAAGGGCCAGAAGGACCAUCUGGUCCCAAAGGUGCUAGAGGAGUACCUGGUCGUAAGGGAGAGGCAGGUCCUAAAGGAGACCAGGGCAUAGCUGGGAUGCCAGGGACACCAGUCAAUGUUACCAGGAGAGGACCACCAGGUCUAUCUGAGGAGAGUCACAUUAAUUGUACCUUUGUAAUGAAAGGAGAACCAGGAACUCCUGGUCCAGCUGGUCCUAAAGGAGAAAGAGGGGAUUUUGGUCUAGAUGGAAGACCUGGACUGGAUGGAAUGAAUGGGCUAGAUGGUGAAAAAGGAGAACAAGGCUUAAAUGGAACCAAUGGCCUACCAGGUAUGACUGGUCCAAUGGGUCCUCCAGGGGAACCUGGUUUAAUGGGUCCACAUGGUCCGACUGGUCAACAGGGUUACAAUGGAACUGAUGGCAUGAUGGGAUUGCCAGGAGUCCAAGGUGAAAUGGGUCUUCAAGGUCUUCCAGGUGAAAAGGGUGCUCCUGGUGAUUCUGGUCCAGUAGGGCCAAAAGGAGACCAAGGUCUUGCAGGACCUCCAGGAGAUAAGGGUGUACCAGGAGAUAAAGGAGAUAACGGUGAAAUGGGAUUACAGGGUAUCCAAGGACCAGAAGGAUGGAAGGGAGAUGUUGGUCCUAGUGGAGCCAUUGGAUUACCAGGGAGCCCUGGACCACAAGGGAUCCAGGGAAUGACUGGAGAAAAAGGAGAAAUGGGUAUACAAGGACUCCAGGGAUUAAGUAUUAAAGGAGACAGAGGAGAUACUGGAUUAAAGGGAGAAGCGGGUAUCAAGGGGCAGAAAGGUGAAGAAGGUACUUUUGGCAAACCAGGCAAGAAAGGGGAGCCAGGAGCCGGGUCACCUGGCGCUCCGGGAUUAAAAGGAGAACGUGGUGAUUAUGGCCUUAAAGGACACAAAGGGGAACCAGGCUUAAAUGGAAUACAUGGUAUAACAGGUCCACCUGGCCCACCUGGACCCCAAGGCAGAUAUGGUGUGGCUGGUCCUAAAGGAAGUACAGGUGAUAUGGGAUUGCCCGGACCACAAGGUUCUAAAGGUACUCCCGGUGAUUAUGGUCCAAGAGGAGAAAGAGGACAAAAGGGUGAUCAAGGUCGACAGGGGAAGAGAGGUAAACGAGGUAACAAAGGAUUACCAGGAGCACCAGGAUUAGAUGCACCUUGUCCUGUCGGUUCUGACGGUCUACCCCUACCUGGCUGCUUUCCUGCUGCAUAGCAUUAUGGGCAUUAUGACAUCAUCAGAAGUCAAAGCUCGUCAUAUCAUCACCAAACUCCAAUCCUUCCAGAGAGAUGUCUUGAUGGCACAAUACAGCAUGUUGCCUACUAUAAAUAGAUGAUUCCUGUACAAUUGAUGCUUCUCCUUCAGGGGAGUGUUUCAUCAACAUUUUCAUUUGACAAGUUGUCAGAUCUGACAAUUUUCCUCGAUUUUUAUUGCCUGAAAAGCACAGUUCCUAUGGUAAUUGUAACUUGUCAAAUAAAACGUCUGACAAUUCCUAUUAUGAAAUAUUUCCCAGACUGAGUUUGUUCAAGAAACCCCAAUCUCUUUGAAAAGUCUCUGAUAACUCACUUCUGACCUUGAAUUCCAUGUUUCAAUAUUGAGCAGUGGUGCAGUAUUUCAAGCCAGAAUCUGAAUGCAUCUUCAUAAUAACUUGAUAGAAUUGCAUGCUGUUUCACAAUAAAAGUCUGGAGGUUCCUUAAUAUUGUACUUUUGAAUUUUCCAGCGCCAUUAUACGACUGCGAUGAAUGCAAGGAAUGCUCCCCAGGGAGUGGAAAUUGUGCACUUUUCGUGCGGGAUUUAUGAAAUGAAUCCAGUGACCAGGGAUAUGAUAUGCUGUAAAACGCUUUGAGCCGUUGUAGGACAAGCGCUAUAUAAAAACUAGCUAUUAUCAUUAUUAUAAACCCACCAAAUAGCGCAAUAGCUUUGUAUUCAUUACAAAUAAUCUGGUCAUGGUUCUGAUUAGGAUAACUCCCCAGAACUAGACAGAAAAUUUUUGAAAACUUGGGCUGAUAGAGCCAGCCUUUCACAGAAUUCAGAAUUAAAAUGGUUAACAUCAUGUUUGACUGAAUGUAAAUCAUGAUAUCAUUCCUUCUUGGAGUAAAGAUGAUAUGAAUAUCAAAUGUCCUGACUGAAAUAUGAUUCUUGUUGGUUGCAAAAAAUAGAUAAUUCAUUGAGUGACAAAGAGUGACUUAUAAGUUUUUCAUUAUGUUUUUUUUCUGUUGUUACAGUUGCACAAUUACUUAUUUAUAGACUUCAAAAUUUGAUGACAUGAAAUGCUGCAUUCAAAUGUUCCCACAACAUACAAACCUGAUAUGAUUAGAUAUUCAAAGAAAAAGUAUCUGAGAAAAGUAUCCAUAGAAUGAGGAGAAGACAAGGUUUAUUUUUCAUGUUCACUUUAGCACGACGCAUGGAUAUUGAUCUGUUGACAAUAAAUAGUUUGAAAAAAACUUUAUGAUAACAUGAAUGAUCUUUGAAUGAAAAAAAUGUGUAAAGAUUACAUGUAAACUGGUCUUACAAAUUCUUCCUCAAUUGAUUUCAGACCAUGUACAUGUACAGUACCAUACUUUAUACAUGAAUGUAGCUGCAACCAACAAGAACCCAGAAUAUUUCCUUUGGGGAGUUUGUAUUAUAGAGAAUAUAUUAUUCAUUGAAUAAGUACUAUAAAAAAAGACUGAUUUUAAAAUGUCCUGUAUAUAUUGUAAAGCUGCUUAUAUAAAGCCAAGCAAAAAAAUAUAGAGACAUUAAAAAUUUCUUUUUUAUUGUUGUCUUGAAAUGUAUUCCAAGUAUUAUUCAAGGUAAAGUGAAUUUCAUGUGGUAUUUUAAUAUAAAUUUAUGACAACCAGUGAAUGCCUGCCAUGUAUAUGUAAAUGUGUAUCAUAUAUUGUGAUUAUUCAUAUAUAUAUAUUUCUGUGUAGGCUGCUGAUAUGCUACUUUGAAUUUUAUUCCUUUUGAUGAGAUGAGCUGAAUGAAAGAAUAAUUCUCAAUUUGUUUAUUUUUAAACUGAUCAUACCGAACAUUUCCCCCUUUUAAGGGUAAGUUUUGCAAAGUAUGUAAUUUACCAAAGACAUAUGAUUCAUCAAUAUAGGACAUUAAAAAUAUAAAGUUUGUGAAACCAUGUGAUUAGUGAGUUGUGAUACAUUUAGAGUUUAUAAAGAAAGGUUUUGAUACAACUUCAACAGAACCAAUGAUGGGAUUACAUGAAUAAUGCUGUACUCUUGUGAGACUAGAGAUGCACAUUUUAAAUUGUAUUACGAGUGGGGCAGGAGAGGGUUUCACACCGUAAGUGUGGAGUAAAACUAUUUUUUGGUAUCUGCCAAUAAAUUAUAUAGCUUACCUCAAAAGAGGAGGCAUGAAAAAAAUAUGUUAUAUUGCCCUCAUCUGACCGACCCUAAAGUGCGGAAAAAACAGGGUCACAUUUUUAAAAGCAUUCCCAAAAUAUACAAAAUCAAUGUUUUUGCAAGAAAAUAUCAGAUUUGAGUGAAGAUUUUAUCAAAUUUGUAUUCAAUGACUUAAACCUAUAUAGCCCCCCAUAUGUUGGCCGUUGAUCGCACUAUCGUGAAAAAAAAUUGCACGCACGUCAUCCACGACGUAAUCUCCACAAUUCAAUUGCCAAUUGUACCAAAAAUUUUCAAAUUUAGUUUUGCUAUUAUGCAUAAAAUCAUAAUUAAACCUUUUUAUGUUUAUUUAUUUAUUUAAUGGUACAUGUAUAUAUGCACAUAUAACCCCAAAACUGUUAAAUUUUGGUCCUCACACUUCUUAGGAUUAUUAUGAAAUGUAUAGGCCUUAUAAAAAAUUGUAAUAUUAUUUUUUUGCUCAUGUAUUUCAUUGUUUUUUAAAGAUCUUGUGUAUUUCUUUGUUUUUUCGACCUUUUUUAUGGAAAUCGUUGGCAACACUAUUUCAGUCAUAAAUAA